GACGCCAUCGUUGUCGACUGGCAAUUAACCGCCAGCUCUUGGCUAUUUUGGUGCCUUCUGAUUGGCUUGGCCUGCAGCAUCUCAAUCCAAAUGAACUACCUCAACCGGGCAUUGGACAUAUUUAAUACCAGCAUUGUGACUCCCCUUCUCUACGUCGUUUUUACCGGCUCCGUACUUGUGGCCAGUGCCAUUCUCUUCCACGAGUUGAGCAGCCUGCGACUCGAGGACUUCAUCGGAGUGGCGACAGGGCUGGUCUCGAUUGUCUGUGGAAUCUUCCUCAUGACAGUUUUUAAGGAUCUGGAUCUUUCCUUAUCCAGUCUCAAUGUAAGAUGGUUCCAACGCGACUCGGGACGGUCAGCCGACUCCGACACGCCAGAUCAAGGGGAGGAGAAAGUAAGGCUGAAUAUGGGUACGAGGCCUGUGACAAGAGUUCGACGUGGAAUUGACGAUGAAGAUGAAGGAGAGACGGAAAAAGUGAACGAUGACUGGUCGGCGAACAGGCAACGAGAGCCUUUGCUGCUUAACAAUAGCGAUAGUCAAUCUUUUAGAAAGAAACGAAACCUCCAGAACAGGUGCAUCACUUCCUCGCCAGUCUACAUGAGUCGACUUAUGAAACGUCUUGGUUCAGAAUUGCCGGCCUCCACUUGGCACCAGGAAAUGCAUUUCUUGACCUCCGAGUUUUCUGGUCCUCCGGGUGCCCCACCGGACAUGCUCAAGACAAAACGGAGGUCCCCCACUUCCUCGAGGGCGAGCACUCCGCCCGCACCUGCCUUCUGUGCCGUGGAGUCGGCCGCCUGA